AUGUUCAGUCAGCAAAAUCUCUCUCUCAACGAAAUUCAUAUCCCAGGCGUCUUCGCAUGUCCAUUCUACAACACCGACCAUGUAAAAUAUCAUGAGUGCAGCCACAUUCGUCUUCGCCGACCAAGUGAUGUCUCCUGGCAUCUCGAACGGAGUCAUACGCUACAAGAGGUGAAGCUUUGCACAGCUCAAGGGGCCGAGGCAGCCAUUAGUAAUGGAAAGGAGAAAGGCCUUUGCACAAACCCCAAGGACAUCAAGGUCUACUGCACGAUUUGUCGUCUGAUGUUCCGUGGCCGCGACGCGGAGGUUGACCUCGAACGCCACCAGGCCGAAAGCAUCUGCCAACUAAAGACUAUUGAAGGGACGGGCAUGUUGCUACCUAGAGAGCUCGAAGAGGUCAUUACUGAGCGCUCCAGCGCAACGGCGAGCCCUGAAGACAAAUGGUACGCUAUGUGGAGUGUGUGCUUUCGACCUCUGGCAACGACAAGAUUUCGGAAUGUCCCAGCGUCCCCAUACGUCCAGAUAACCGCCGCGCGCGAGGCUGCCGAAAGACUCAUUUGCCAGGUCCUGGGCAAGCUGCGUAUCCCAAUGGAGGACCAUAAGUCCGCUUCCAAUGAGAUCCUCAGCGGGCUUUACCCUGUUCAGUUUGGAGGAGACGCCGAAGUCAAGAAGAUUGUCAAUGAUCUGCAGAAAAAGCGAACUUCAGCGCUCCAGGAAGCGGAAUUCGAUGAAUUUUGCCGAUCAACUCUUGGUUCCUCAGAAGUGACACCGCCAGGUGUUUUGUCCACCGAUACUGUGCACCACGAACAACAACACACAAUGGAGCAAGUAGACAAUGGGACGAUGAGUCUCUCAAGCCUGAUCCCAGGAGAACCACAACCGCUGCAACCCUUGUAUUCUACAGUAUCUACUGUGCCUUCAUAUUUCCGUCUCCCGGAAACUCAAACCUCUUCCCAGAUGACAGGUUCGGCGUCUGGGCAGUAUAUGGAAUUGGAUGACUAUGCCCCUUCAAAAGGGUACGCUGGCGGUUUCAGUGACGGCUACUAG